AUGGGGGUUUUAUCGGUUAUGUUUUUAAAGUUAUUCCCGCCCUGCAACGCAAUUGGUCCAUUUCCAUUCCCAGGAGCCCUAGAUUCCUCCCUAAGGGCUUCUCGGUGGGAGCGAUCGCAGCGGCCCAGCGGCACGGCAUUCCUUUCUCGCUCGAGCUCCAUGCUAAGCGCGCUCGCAAUGCGCGAAUUCUUGGAGGGUCUCGAAGAGCGCUGUCAUCUGCCUAUGCGUGGGAAGUUAUCGCUCCGCGAAUGCGCCAAAUCCGAGCGACUUUCUUUUUGGACAGAUGUAAGGGAGAUGGAUAUCUGUGCCACGGAGAUUUUCCAGUUUAACUUCGUUUCUGGUGGUGGUGGCUUUUUCCUUGGCACUGUGGUUUCUUGCGGAUCUGUAGCGUGGAUUUUGUUCAUGAACAGUCUACUCCAGCCUUGCCUCCAGCGAGGCCGGAACCAAGCAAAUCGCCAAAGAUUUUUCCUGUGGAAGAUGGACGAAUCGUUCUCAUCGGGCGGCUUGUCCCCAACGUGCCAGCGGCGCUUUACAGUUAGCUUGUCCAUCAGUGCGGCGCAGAAGCGGUGAUGGAGUAUCUAGGCAAAGAAGUGGCAGAAAAGAGCGUGGAAAGCAUUGCCUUCGUGACGCAAUGCCCAUGCUAGCUCGUUUUGCACAAGAUUCCUGGAUUUGGCCAGGAGGAUCCAUGAAAGAUCCGCUCGCGACACUCUCCCUCAUGUUUGGCAACGAGAGCUUGCCCAGUCGCAUCGUCUCUUUUGACUCUGACGCUCGCACAAGGUGAAUUCCAUGCUCCUUUUCCUGCU